AUGAAUAUGAAAAUUAAAAACUUGACGCCAGAUUUUUACACAUAAUUUACGCACCAUAAAAUCAUACAUUACACUCAAUUUUAUAUUGUUUUAUUGAUUUAUAAUAUCUAAAAGCAUUAUUUUAAUUUAUUUGUUAAAACUGGCACGACGCACGCGCACUAGUUCCAUUACCCAAAAUCUCCCAGCGCCAUAUUGAGAGAGGCGGACGUUUUACGAUUUCAGUGAUAAAAAUUGUGGUUAGUGCAAUAACUUGAAGUGAAAGACUUGAUCGUGCCCUAUGGAUAUAUAUUUGGGAGUGGUGUGCCUCGGUUGAUAGGCCUGCCGAAAGGACACGGCUCCACGCACGAGGACGGUGUGCGGCCCUCCGCCCAAAGGAAACAUGGAGUGCUGCAUGUCAGAAGAGGCCAAAGAACAGAAAAGAAUCAAUCAGGAAAUAGAGCGGCAACUCCGAAAGGACAAACGCGAUGCGAGGAGAGAACUCAAAUUGCUUCUCCUGGGUACUGGCGAGUCGGGCAAAUCCACAUUCAUCAAGCAGAUGAGAAUCAUCCAUGGCUCGGGUUACAGCGACGAAGACAAGCGUGGCUUCAUCAAACUUGUCUACCAGAACAUCUUCAUGGCCAUGCAGAGUAUGAUACGCGCCAUGGAUCUUCUCAAAAUAUCAUAUGGAAAUCCGUCCAAUGGAGAACAGGCGGAGUUGAUAUCGGCGAUCGACUUUGAGAGCGUGACAACAUUCGAGAGUCCCUAUGUCGAGGCCAUCAAGGGACUAUGGGCCGACUCCGGUAUUCAGGAGUGCUACGAUCGCAGGCGGGAGUACCAACUCACCGAUUCAGCCAAAUACUACUUGCAGGAGAUUGAUCGUGUCGCGGCACCAAACUACUUACCGACCGAACAAGACAUUCUGCGCGUCAGAGUGCCUACAACGGGCAUCAUCGAAUACCCAUUUGACUUGGAAGAGAUACGAUUUAGCUAUUUAAGUGAUCUGGAGAGAAUCGAAAAAGCCGAUUUUCUACCCACGGAGCAGGACAUUCUCCGAGCUCGACAGCCGACUACAGGCAUUCUUGAAUAUCCUUUCGAUCUAGACGGCAUUAUAUUUAGAAUGGUGGACGUCGGCGGACAAAGAUCGGAGAGAAGGAAGUGGAUUCACUGUUUCGAAAAUGUCACAUCCAUCAUUUUCUUAGUAGCACUUAGCGAAUACGAUCAAAUUUUAUUCGAGUCUGAAAAUGAGAAUCGAAUGGAAGAAUCAAAGGCAUUGUUCAAGACGAUCAUCACGUAUCCCUGGUUCCAGCACUCGUCGGUUAUUUUGUUCCUCAACAAAAAGGAUUUGCUCGAAGAAAAAAUCAUGUAUUCGCAUCUCGUCGACUAUUUCCCCGAAUACGACGGUCCGCAACGCGAUGCCAGCACUGCGCGUGAGUUUAUUCUGCGAAUGUUCGUCGAUCUGAAUCCCGACGCUGAGAAGAUAAUUUACUCGCAUUUCACCUGUGCGACGGACACCGAAAACAUCCGAUUUGUGUUCGCGGCGGUGAAGGACACGAUCCUGCAGUCCAACCUGAAGGAGUACAACCUGGUGUAAGGCCGCGUCUGGCGCCCGCACAAAUCUGUGAUUGUGUAUAACACGUAAUUUAAACAUCAUCAUUUCACGACAAAAUGUAAAAAAUUCGCGAACUGAUCGGGUGGACGAAAGUUAUUCAUCUUAAACAGAUUUAUGACAAGUAAGGUUAGAUUGUAAGUCAUUUAACCUAAUUAAUGGGCACCGGCGGGCGGUGCCGUUUCAGGAACUUUUUGACAUGUUUUUUUUUUAUGAUGAGGUAAUUCACAAUUUAUGUACGUGUCUGUAUCGGUGAAUAUUAAAUUGUGCAUUUUUUUUAAAGCGAGCGGCGAGCCGUGGCCUCGCCGUCGCUGCUUUUAGUCAUUGUUUUAGGAUUUUUGUAAAGUUUGUUGCCAUAAUCUUUCUACUAGUAUACGUGAACGUCCAGAGGAAUGGAUUCGAACAAACUAGUCGGUCGAAGGGCGUGCCGCGGCCCCUUCGUAUUGUAUAUCGUAUUUAUUUAAGCGACGAAGCCUGUCCUUCCUCCCUCGCGUCCCGCGCACUACUGAUUCUCUUCGUUUUGUACAUUGGAAUUCUAUUGACAUGUGUAUCGUUUGAGCUGUUUUGUUUCUACAAGAAAUGAAUUGACUUAAAGUUUGCGUUACUAAGGCUUCGCGUUCGCGACGGUGUCUCUUCUCACGUCUGUUGGAGAGUCGGAGCCGACGGGCGUACGUUAGUUGUGUAAGGACAUUUUUAAAUGCAUUU